CUCCUCUUCCCGAGGCCGGUCUGACUGAACUCCUUCAAGAACUCCAAUACUUCUUGGAGUUCGAGCUCGUUCUCAUCCAAUUGACAUCCGAUUACUAUAUGCAAGGGAAAGCCUGACAGCGAUUUCCCUGCGACGGAAAUCGAUAGCACCACAUGAGUUUUAUCCACACCCGGGAAAAGAAGUUGUAUUUUAAUCCUGGGGUGGUCGUAGCAUUCUGCUCACAUUGUGCAUUGCGAGACGGAGGCGGCCCGCAGCUGUGCAUUGGGAGUGAAAUGCAGAUCUGAAGCGUGGAUCCGCGUCGCUCGAGAGACUGAGCGCGCAUCUACUGCACGAGUUCUUCGCGUCGGGAUUGCUCGCUAUCUAUCGUCUUGCUGCAUUCGGCUCUCGCGAUGCGGCAGCGGUGUUUUUGCUCGAGGAUUCCGCGACUUCCUUGACGAUGAUUUGAUUCCGUCCGGAUGAGCGCGUUUAGGAGCAGGAGCGCCGGAGCUCCAGUCGGUGAUUCGAGGGAAAUGUCGGGGGGCGAUCGGAGGCGCGAGGUGAUGGAUCCCAGCUUGUGGGGAAGACUGCCACACGAGAUUCUGCUCGCAAUCUUGGCGUGGUUACCGCUCCGGACUCUGGCGCGGCUCAGAGUGGUGUCGAAGAGCUGGUCGUCAAUGUGGGAUUGCCCCGUGUUCAUGCAAUUCCGUGCUCGCGUAGCUCCGCCCGAGCGCUACUUCCUCUUGUUCAAAACGCACGGCGUCCAAUGGUUCGGCUCCAGGAAGCCGCAGUCGUGCUGCUACGACCCGGCGCUAAACAAGCUCCACAGCAGAAUGUUCAAGCACUUCCCGUCCCGAUACGGCUACCAGGUGCUGGCCACGGCGAGGGGCCUGCUCUUCUGCGCGCAGCGACCUCCGCGGCUCUACUCGUUCACCAGCUUCUGGCCGGAGAAGGACAACGAGAACCUGGACCUGAUGGUGUGCAACCCGCUGAGAGAGAACUGCUCGAUGGCCCUGCCGGAGCGAAUUGGAACCUGGAGGCCGUGCGUGGUGGGCAUGAUCGGGGGCGAGGGCAACGCGUACAAGGUGAUUCUGGCCAGCUUCAUGUACGGGACUGAAAUUUACGACUCUUGCAGCAGAAGCUGGAGGCUGCUGCCGGCCACGGGAGGCACGAAUGGGCCGAAACCGCCGGGGUUCAACGCGUCCAUCAUCUCGCGCAAAGGCUGCGUGCUCUACAUCGGCCGAGGCUUCAGCGGCGACGCCUCGUCGGUGUUCGUGUUCGACGGGCAAUCGGAGCAGUGGAGCUCGUUCGAUCUGCCCAACGCCGGGCUCGGCCUGCAAUACCCGCAGCUGCAAGACUGCGGGGGGCGUCUGUUCCUCGUCGGCCACCUGAAGCCGCUGGCGGACUCGCGCAACUUUCUCUGCUACGGUGAUGCGUUCGUAUGGGAGCGCGUCGGGGACGAUGUGGUGGCCGGCGUCUGGCUCGAGCGCUAUGCGCCCCACCCGCAGCAGCCCUGCCACUUCGUCGACCUCUCGACGCCCGGAGGCGCACGCCUGCUGGCCCGGGCCCGGCCCCAGGACCUGCUCUGCUACACUAAAGCCACCUUCGGCGCCGUCGAGCAGGCCUGCACCAUCGAGCACCUCAGCCUCUUCGACGUCUCGAGCAACGCCUGGUGGUCCUGCUCGAACGCUCGCGUUUGCUCGCACGAUCCUCUGCGAAAGCGUCGCCUUCGAUGUGGCAAUGCCGGCGUCACCUUCCGAGGCGACUUCGUGUUCGAGCCGCGCAUCGAAGCCCUGCCCUGACCUUCUAUCCACUCUCGAUUCUCGACUGCUGUCGCGGUUCCCUGAUUGCAUCCGGAGCUCGUCGAACUUGCCAGAAGCUGCGGAGCGCACGUAUAUCCUUCACAUUGAAUGAUGUCUUGGUGGUGCCCGGCUUUUGAGUUGCCCUGACCUUCUUUCCACUCUCGAUUCUCGACAGCUGUCGCGGUUUCCUGAUUGCAUCCGGAGCUCGUCGAACUUGGCAGAAGCUGCGGAGCGCAGUUAUAUCCUUCAAAUUGAAUGAUGUCUUGGUGGUGCCCGGCUUUUGAGCUGCCCUGACCUUCUUUCCACUCUCGAUUCUCGAUUCUCUACAGCUGUCGCGGUUUCCUGAUUGCAUCCGGAGCUCGUCGAACUUUGGCAGAAGCUGCGGAGUGCAGGUAUUUCCUUCGAACUGAAUGAUGUUUUGGUGGUGCCCGGCAUUUGAGCGGAGACGAUUAGGAGUAUAUGAGUGGGAGUCGGAUUUCGGAUUUUUAGCCGGUCGGCUCCUCUGGUAGUUGAACGUGGCAUCGAACGCGGCUUUCUGAAUUGCUCAUGUAGGGCGAUCGAUUGCAGACUGCGAUAGUUUGGCAGCAAAUUAGAUUUUGUACGAGCCUCCCUGAUAAUCUCUUCGUCAGGUGCCAUUGACAACAAUUGUAAAACAUCUUACACUUGUGCCAGUGGUGUAUGAAGAUUUACUGCAAUUCUCGCCCUGGUAGUCGUGUCAGCACACUGGAGAUCUCGAAACAGCAUUCCUCUGAACCUUCCCAUGUCGAGAGUGAAGGGACGACACGGACAGAAGUUCAAUAAGGCCACGAGAAGGUACGCCGAUAAAACAUGAUGGUCACCAGCGUUGGCGUAGGAAACAGUCAAUGCAGCAUGCUGCACCAACUUGUGGAAGGUGCACGGGCAUACAGAGUGAGAGCAAGCUGUACGAGCGAACAACAAUCAGUCCAACUGGGAAGAAUAGUUCCAUAAACUAGGUGAAUAGCCAUCUGCGCAUGACAAAGACGCUUAAGCGCGACGCUUCCUUACCAUGCGGAAGGAUCAUUUGUUUGGUAUAUUGCGAGUUUGAGUGCACGAUUCGAGACUAGAAAAACGCGUCGACAACUUGCAAUUACACAGUCGACUUGGCGAUCCAGACAUUUGUGAAACAAACCUACGAGUCUAUUAUGAAUCAUCGAAGAAAAUCAAUGUAGCAGCAUCGAGACGAGAUGUUGAUCCGUAUGUCGAUGGGAUUACAGGUUACUUUCAAUUUUCACGUCUUGAUUUCUGGUUUACUGAGCUAAUGUCAAAACUUUGAAUGACAUGGCUACUCAACAAACUUUUGAGAAGUACGAUGCUGGGCACCGACGAUUGGCCACCUCAUAAACUUUGUCUGAUCGAUAGUUCCAACACUCUUCCUGCAGAACUUCGUGCAAUCAUUUGCGCUUAGCUUUGGAGACUGCUAGAAAUCCAAAUUUAGAGCAUUGGACCACAAGCGACGUGCACCCUGUGUUUGUCCAAACUGUAAAGGAGCAGCAGUGUCAGCUUAAACUCACCACACCAAUUCUCGAUUCCGAUUGCCACCUUCUCUCCAUUCACGUUGUCCUCUUCAGCCAUUUCCUCUUCACUAGUCUGCUGUGAGCACCUCGAUCUUGUAACUCUCUGCCUCUACCGGCCAUUGCGCCGCGUCUGAGGCUUACCGGUCGCAGGCUGCGAGCUCUCCAGAGACGACGGCAGUCGAGAUGAUAUCCUCGUGAGAUGCGCAGGGAAUCGCUCACGAUUGAGCGUCGGUGUGUGCGGAGAAGGUCUUUUCCGUUGAAAUCGGAGUCCAGCACAACCAGGAGCCGGAUCGAUGCGAGAAGGGAAAAUUGUCAACUCCGGAUCGCCGAAUCGGAAGAUGGCACUGAUCACUGCCGUAUGCUGCGUUCCGUCGAAUCGGAAGCUUCUGUCGAAAAGUUCGACUGAGAUGACAACUUCCCCAGAGAGCAAGCAGGUUGUCGAGAAUCAUGGUAAAGUCAAAUGCUCCCAAGCUGCAAAGCUGGUGCCCAAUAGCCGAGCUUCUUGCAUCCGAACUGUGCUCACCGAUCUUCGUAGGGUCGCGGACGAGCUGCAUCAUUCGGCUACGGGUUCCAUUUGGGGGAGGUGUACAGUCUACCGGGACUCCACCCCCUGAGGCGGUUCUCACCUCGUUGGGUCCGACGGAUCCUUUUCCAGUCUCCACUGCUUGCUUCCUUGUCCCCUGACCUCCACCAAAGCCCUUUGCUACUUCUGUGGGGGCUAGAUUUUUCUGUUGAUGCAAAUCACAGUUGUGUAAUCCUGGUGCAUUUUUUCCAAAGGCACUUCCAGGAGAAUGUGGCAUUUGGGUAUCGAGAGCGAGAAAUUUAUUCUCACUGCCCUCUUUUCAUAACAGGUCUUGAAAAGCUAUUUAAACCUCGUCUAUGUCAUUACAUUCAAAUUUGAUGUGUGGACACAUGUUUACACAAUC